AUGCGUAUUUGGUUAGUUUUGCUGCUAGUCGGCUUGGCCGGAACCCAGAUUUGGGCCUCUUCCUUUAGAGAGGAAGCUGAAGACAAUGAAUUUGCUGAGUUUGAAGACUUUGAAGAUGAGGAUGCAGCGGGUGCAAGUGCCAGUCAUGAUCGAGCCCCUGUCCCGUCUCCUUCAUCAGAACAGCCAAAGCCUAGUGCCCCUGACGUGAAACCUGUGCAUGACGAGGUGGAUGAUGAAGAUGAAGGUGACGCUAUAACAGAGGAUGAGGAAGACAACGAGUUUGAACAUUUUCAGGAUGAGGAAGAAUUUGAAGGAUUUGACAACGAACGAGUUGUCAAUAAUGAUAAAGUAGAUGAUAAAGAAAUGCCAAAGAUCACUAUUACAAAGGUCCCCUUGCACUUAAGAACUAAUUGGGAUAGUUUUUAUAUGGAAAUGCUGAUGAUUGCUGGUCUCACUGUAUAUUUUGUAAAUUUCUUCACUGGCAGAAGUAAAAACCAACGCAUUGCAAAUGCCUGGUUUAGCACUCACCGUCAAAUUCUUGAGGAAAAUUUCACCCUUGUUGGUGAUGAUGGUAAGAUGGAAAUUGAAACUCCUGGCCUUAUCAAGGAUUCAGAGCACAUGUACACCUUAUGGUGCAGUGGGCGUCUCUGUUGUGAAGGGAUGCUUGUGGAACUCAAGCUCUUAAAGAGGCAAGACUUGGUAGCAGUAUUUGCACAGCUUGUUCGUCCUUCUUUAGACCAAGUUCAGAUCCGUGUUGAUAUGACUCGUGAGGAUAUGGACUCAUAUGUUUUCUGUGUUGCCACCAAGAAAACUGGGCUACGUCUCUCAAAAGAAAUGCAAGAUCUGAGUACCUUCUGCCCUGAGAGAAAAACUGGUGAUAAAUUUGGUGUGCCAAGCAAUAUGUGUCUUAUGAGUGAAAUGGGAGAAGCAUCUUCUGCUCUUCUCGAUAGCAAAGUGAUUGCCAUGCUGAACAAGUACCAAGAUGUGGUGGAAUUCAUUCACUUCUCUGAUCAGUAUUCUGGACCAAAGCAAACUGAGGAUUCAACUUUAGUCAAGUUACCUGAGGUGAAACGUGUAUUGAUAUUUUGCUUCAAUAUCCCAAUGCUUAAAAACAAAGGUUUGGAGGAGUCUCUUGAUCACAUGCUUCCGUUGAUGCAUAUGGUCUUCUAUCUCAUUGAUAAAGUUAAGCGAUUCCGACUGGGAAAAGAAGGCAAACAGAAAGCCGACAAAAAUCGUGCCCGUGUGGAAGAAGCCUUCCUGAAAACCACCCAUGCUGCACGUGCCGAGGCUGCUGCUGCACGAAGGGAGGAGAAACGUCGUCAAGAAAAGGAACGCAUCAUGCAAGAAGAAGACCCUGAAAAGCAACGCAGAUGGGAGGAAAAGGACAUGAAGCGACAAAUGAAAAAGAAAGCUCCGAAAAUGAAGCAGUUGAAGGUCAAGGCCUUGUAAGUGUGUGGUCUUUGUACAAGGAAGUAUUCUGCUAGUCAUUAUGCUCUUGGCAUUUACAUCUUAAUUACAUGAGGUUAGAAUGUUGACUGCUGCAAUUUUUAAGCAUCGAAGUGGCUACUAUAUAUAUUUGUGUUUGUUAGUGCCCUUCGUAAUUUAGGCUACAUAUCUGAAAUAAUUUAUUAUUCUUCUACAACUGUGUUUUAAACGGUUUUACAUCUUUUUUAUCAAAUGGCAACUUUUUAUGUAUGUAGCAAGACACAGCGGCUGUCGUCCUGUGUAAAGGGUCUAUACUUAUAAAAUAAAUGUUCAAUUAGUACAUUGGUAUAACAUUUCUAGAGUAGUUGUUUCAGGAGAAAUUAUUGCAUAAUUUUAAAAAGCCUACAAAUUUAAAUGCAUUUACCUAUUGCGUAGGGAGUUCUGUUAUUGAACAAUGCAUUAUUUUCUGUGUGUUUGUGUGUGUGUCUGUUUUCAUAUUGUCAUGUCAUUACUCAUUUGUUUGUAGGCCAAUGGUAGGAUGGGUGGAAGGGUACUGAAAACUAUGAGCUGUGAAUGUUCCCUUAAGCUUUUCUAAGUUAAAGCUGUUUUGUAUUUAUUUUAGUUUUUCUGUCCUUUUUUCCUAUCCUGUGGUGGUCUUUCAUUGUUUAUGAUUUUGUGUUCUUGUGUUACUUAGAUUACAUGUGUUUUAGCAUGAUUACUUCAAAGGCUAUAAUUUUCUAAUAUUGCUGAGGAUUAUCCAGCAGUUUUUGAACCCUUUCUGCUGCCAUUUUCUAUCUGAUACGUAUGUUGCCUUGUGUGUCUAUUGACAGAUGAUUAUUUUUUCAGACACACACUGCCUUUGUUUCCUUUCUGAAAUUUUAAUCUAUUCUUAUCACGACUGAUGAGUUUAGAACUAUGUUGUGGAAGAUUGUAUAACAGUAUGUAGCGUUAAAAAAAUAUAUAUAUCUCCUCGUACAGAUGUGCUUAGGUAAAUUGAUCUAUUUCUUAAGUAAGAUAAAAAUUUUACUUCUCCUCAUGACUGAAAUGAAGUUUUUGCUGACAAUGACAGCUUAUUGCUGACAUUUUUCUGUAGUCCCAAAAAGAGCACUAGACAUGUUGCUUUUGUACAGCCAUAUUUGUUUUCUGUUUCCAAUGUGAGCAAUAUAUGGAAUAUUAUUUGUUA